AUGAGGAUGCGCGUCUGCGUCCAGGAUGCUGCUGGCACUUUUGACCCACUUUCCGGUUUGGCCGACAGCCUGACAGCCAGGCUCAGAAAAGGGGUGGGCCACGCCGUUUCCCGCGUGGCGUGGCAGCGCGGCGCGGCCUCGUGCUGCUCGAUGGGGCGGCCACACCCGUACCUUGAGCGCCUGCCAUACCUGCCUGGCCAGUGCUGGACGGUGCCAUGCCCGUACGGCGGCGGGCGGUGUCUCCCGCGUGCGACGUCCAACCAGCGCUUCGUCAUCAAUGUUGGGCACCAAACGCUUGAGCUGACGUAUCCUUUGCUCGCAGCGAGCAUGGCUGCCGGAUCGGCGCCGGAAUCAAUCUGGUGGCAGUUUGAUGCGCUGCCCCUCACCCGCGAGCUGCUCGCACUCGCCUUUCCGAGCACGCGGCUUCACUUUGGACCAGCCGACGGCCCGCGAGGCUGCCUCACGACCAAGUCCUUCCGGCCGUCAACGCGAGGGAUGGACGUGCAUCAAGCGGGCGCGCUGCGCCGCCUCGUCUGGAGCAAGUGCGGCAUCGCUUCGCGGCCUCCUUCCGCACCGCUCCGCGUGCGCGUCCUCGACCGGCCUCGCAGCGGAGGAGGGUCAAAGAACCAGUGCCGGCUGCCCGGUCCGCACGCGGGAGGACGCCGCCUCUCCAACGCAACCGUCGCCGCCCUGCGGUCGCAGCUUCCCGUCGCUCUGCUCUCGGCGGGCGUGGCUGACGCUCCCCUCGAGGCGCGCAGGUUCGGCGAGGCGGAUGUGCUCAUCUCACCGCACGGCGCCCACCUGGUCCACAUCCCGCAACUCUCGCCCGCCGCCGUCUUCGUCGAGGUGACGCCGUGGGCGGCCGCCUGGCUCGGCCCCUUCGCCUCGGUUGCGGCCUCCAUUCGCCUGCGCAGGCUGCAGCUCUGCAGCCUGCGGCCGCCAGGCGAGAGGAGCGGGCUCGCCGAGGCGCAGUGCGGCAGAGACCAAAGGCGCGACGUGGGCUGUCUCUACAACGCGAUGAACUGCUACGAGCAGGAGGUCGUGUCACGAAAUGGCACGUCGCCGUGUGCGAAAGGGCAGGGCCGCUGCCGGUGCAUCGGGCCAGCGCUGCGCCAGGCGGUGGCGUGGGCCAAGGAGGCCAGGGUGGCGUUGGGCGCUGCGGGGAUUGCUGAGCAGCGCACGAGCGGCCGGCCGCUGCCGCGCCGCUCUGCCCUUGCUCGACCGUGGGUUAGGUCGUCCUGA